AUCAUUUAUUCGGUAAUUAAUCACAAAAAUCUUUAAAAACUUAAACUUUUUCUUUUUGCUGUUGUUGUUGUUUCCACUUCAAACGCUUGAAUCCGAUUCGCAUGCCGAUCGAAUUCUAAAAAACCUCCACUUGCAGUUUUAUUCCCAAACAAAAAAAAACCCACUAAGAGAGAGUGCUCUGAUUCUUCUUCUUUAGUUGCGUUGAAGAACCCUAAAAACAGUAAAAAGGUGUUCUUUUUUUGGGGGUUUUGAUGGCGAAUCGUGUAGCGAUGGAAGAAGACGUUACUGAAUCUGUAACGUUGAUGGUGGAUUCAGUUGCUUCUUCGCCGAUGACUCCAAAGACGGUGGUGAUGAAGCAAGAUGAUGAUGAUGAUGCUCAUCAUCCUUACGCGUUUCAUGUUUCCGGACCCAGGAACGUAGCUUCUCCUAACUGGAGAGAUCUCAUCAACUCUAGUUGGAAGGAUCCUAACUACAAGAGGACAGUAAUGGCAUGCUUUAUUCAAGCAGCUUACUUGCUUGAACUCGACAGACAAGAGAAUCGAAACGAGCAAAACGCUCUCGCCCCUAAAUGGUGGAUUCCAUUCAAGUACAAGUUAUCACAUACUCUGAUCGACCAGAGAGAUGGUUCCAUAUUUGGUGCUGUUCUUGAAUGGGACAGAGCAGCUGCAAUGGCAGAUUAUGUUGUCAUCAGACCAAGCGGGGCACCGAAAGCAGUAUUGGCGCUGCGAGGAACGAUACUCAAGAGUCUUACAAUGAGACGUGACAUUGAAGAUGAUCUCCGGUUUUUAGCUUGGGAGAGUCUUAAAGGUUCUGUGAGGUUUAACGUCGCUCUGGAGGCGUUGCAGUCAGUAGCAAAGAGAUAUGGAAGCAGUAAUGUGUGUAUAGUGGGUCAUUCUUUAGGAGCUGGUUUUGCAUUACAAGUUGGUAAAGCCUUGGCUAAAGAAGGGCUAUUUGUGGAUGCUCAUUUGUUCAAUCCACCUUCUAUAUCUCUAGCUAUGAGCUUACGAAAUAUUGGUGAAAAAGCUGGUGUUGCUUGGAAAAGACUCAUGUCAAUGCUUCCUCCUAAAAACGAGCCUCUGAUACCAAAUGGGAACCAAGGACAGGUUUCUCCUGGCAAUGUUUCUUCAGGGUUCAGGAACUGGGUACCGAGUUUCUACGGGCAGAGUCAGAAAUCUACUGUGGAUUUAAGAAAAUGGGUGCCUCAUUUAUAUGUGAAUGAUAGUGACUAUAUCUGCUGCCACUACACUGACCAAGAUGGAGUAACAGAGAAGAGGGAAGUGAACAACAACAAGGAGAACAAUGGUCCUAUUGUAAACUCUAAUUUUCAGGCAGCAGCGAAGCUUUUUGUGAUGUCGAAAGGGAAACAGAAGUUUCACGAGGCGCACGGGCUAGAACAAUGGUGGUCGGAUAAUCUAGAGCUUCAAUCAGCUAUUCACAGCAGCAGGUUGAUCAGUCAGCAACUCAAGUCAUUAUAUAGUAUCAAGUAAACAUCACAAUUCUUUUACCAGUUUUUUUCCAUUCACCGUGAUGGUAACAGAUCCAUCUCCAUUGUUCAAUAAACACAUUUUCCCUAUCUUUAUGUCUAAGAACACUUUGAGGAAAUGUAACAACAUAAAUGUAAGAAAGGUCAUUUGUAACUGAUCUGAAACAUUUUGUAGAGGAAAACGAAAUUGAAGAUAUAACUCCUUUUUGCAGAA